GACGCCGAAAAGUCGACGACAUCUGCACUUGCGACGGUGUUUCUGUCACCGGCGCCGCGAACGUAUCAUCCCGGGUGUGUGUGUGUGUGGAGCAUGUCCCCGCGAGUCUGGAAACGGUCCGAGCCGCCGAGUACUCCGGUCACACCUCGUUCCUCGCGCCUCUAGUUUCGCGGUCAGCUGCCGUUCUCGGGUAUACCACUCCAGUCCCGGAACAGAGCGAUCCGCCAACCGUGCUCUCUGUCGUCGGUCCGUUUCCGUUGCGCUGAGCGACCGAUGAAUUUUAGAUAAAACGCGGCGAGACGAACAACGUUCCGACAGACUUUGUAACAAGCUUCCUAUUUGUGCAAUUAUUAGAACUUAAGGAAAUAAUAGACGAAAUCGACGCUACAACAACUCUCCACAACUACAACGACCACGACAACGACUGUGCAAUUGUCACCUCAGAAACCAGCAACGAAAUCGACGUUAAUGUUGUCGUAUCUUCAUCAUAAUACACGAUCUCAACCACCGUAAUCACGCUCACCAUUAUACCACAGUUACAAUAGUAUAAUCAUAUGUACGUGUAUUAACAUUAACGUGGUGGAGCACUCGCACCACCGGUGUAUAAUAUAUAAAAGCAUCACAAAAAUAAACACUUGUUGGCGUUGGCAUGACGUAACAAUACAGAAUAAGCUGUGUCUACGGGGACCGGUGGUAAUUAGUGCUCGUACACCUGCAGUGAUACACAUGUGACGAAUGUGGGAUAGCAAGAAAAGUUUUUUGACAGUGGUCAAAACGAUAAAAAUGACUGAUGGCCUAGGCAUAAUUAUAUACACGGACAGAAAAUCUCUCGUCAUAAUUGAUGCCGAUAGUUAAGUCCGUAUCAACUAAGAUUCAAUAUUGUCGUAGACGUUCCUUCAUAACAAAUCGUCAACAAAAUACAAGUAGGUGUGACGCAUGAAGUAAACAAAGUGCACGCUGAUGUUACUACUGACUACCCUACUCUCUCAUCACGGUGAAGAUAUUUACCCCGUCACUUCUUCUGACUUUGAUGAUAAAGAGUGAUGUAAUGCUAUCUCUGUAACCACUGUAGUUAAAACAAUCUAUCGAUAUCAAGAUUUUUCAACGACUGGAAUUUAAAAAAAUAAUAAAAACUAAAUAUUGCUGUUACUAUAAUGGCAACUAUUUACCUCUAUCAUCUGUUACAGUAUAUUUAUUAAUAUCCGUUUAACACUUUCCUACUACUAAAACUGAUCACUGCCACUUUCUUAACAAACUGCCCAUUAAAUACUACUUAUUUUAAUGGUUCUACAAACAUUGAUCCAUUAUAGUGUUAUCACACUACGUCACUGAUAAUUGAACAUUGAUUCCGUAUGAAAGUCCAACAGCAAAAACGAAAAUAUUGGGAUUAUGAAUUCCCUUGGAACUGAGGUUACAGGCCGUCGUAGCCUUUUAAAUGGAUUGGUAACAGCUGCCACAAGGUCUUGGCGACAUGGAAUUCAAUCUAACGGGCACAAUUCUAACACUGUGGUGUUUCCAACUAUUUCUACAUCAAUUAAUAAUAAUCCAACGUGUCGAACUUCUACCACAGAUCACAUAACUGAGGAUCAGAGAAGGGAGAUCAAGCAACAGCGGCAACAAGAACAUAGACUCAACCUCCUCUGGUACGGCGGAGACGCAAUGCAGCGUCCACAACAGACGCCAUCUGUUCUAUUUGAAUUGCACAACCGUUAUCAGUCACCAGAUGACUGGGAAAAACAACCAUUACGACAACGACGACGUAAGUCUCAACAAUCACAACAUCAACGGAAUAAUAAAAACCGAUCGGCGUUACCAACAUCACCGAUUGUAUGGGCUUUACUAUUGCAUACAAUGUAUUCAGCUGCUAUGGCCGCAGUAUAUUACAAAUAUGAUAUGAAAUUUGGUAGUGGAUGGAUAUGGUUAAGAGGAAUCGAUAACAGCAGUAUAUUUAAAUGGUUAUGUCAUCUACAACCGAUGUGGUAUUUUGUUGGGCAAGCUUUUUGCGCAGCCAUCAUUGGUUAUGUUUGGUAUCAGUGGCAAAAACGUCAACGGUGGUGUUGCUACAUGUUAAUCGUACUAUUUAUUACUGCAAUGUUGCCGUCUGUACCACUUGCUGAAGUCUUCGGGGAUAAAAAUAUGAAUAAAAUGACUGAAGUUCCGAAAGAAAACUCUAUCGAAGGACAAAAACAGUUGUCACUACAACAUAAUUAUUAUAAUUCAGAAAGUUUUUAUGAAAAUCAAUUAGCACUUUACGAAGGCUUAUGGCAAAUGUCAUUUUUCAUAUUUGUCACGUACUGUCUGGUUUUUUCAACGAGUAUAGACGGAUUUUUAAAUAAAGAACAUAGGGAAAGUAUUAACGAACAUAAUGAUAAUAAAAAAAAUAUAGAAGAUACCUUCAAGGAAGACCGCCAUAUUUCAAUUGCUGUUUUUCUGUUUGCUAUCGUAACUUCCAUCGGACACACAACCCUUAAUAUGUAUAUCGCUUAUCAACAACACAAGCGCCUAGUCAAUAAUUCAUCUAUGGCGGCCAUUCAACAGCUUAUAGCUAACGUAGUAGUUCUGGCAUGUGUCAACCUGGCUGGAUGGCUAUUGCGUCAAUCAAUAAUCCAAGACCGUACUGAAAUUAGAAGUCAUGAGGGCAACAGCAGAUUUGAUGGGAAACACAAAUAUUUUCAAUUAGCAUUGCGCCGGCAGGCUGACAAACUGAAUCAACUUCUAACAUCCUUGCUACCCAGGCGUGUAUUUUUGGAAAUGAAACACGACAUAGUUGCUGAUGCUGCACGUUCCAUUAACUCAAUUUGCAGUUCUAAUGACAAUAACCACCAAGACAAUGCUCAAUUACAGAGUCAUCAGCAAGAAAUACUACUCAAUACUAAUAAUAUUCCGAAAAUGUAUUUAAAAGAAUAUGAAAAUGUUAGUGUUGUGUUUGCCAAUGUCACUGGAUUCUGGGACAAUGCACCCCUAAUUAUGAGUCAUAAUAAUUCUGGCUCCCAAAUGUCCACCCAACUGAUUACACUUAUUGAUCAACUUCUGGCAAAUCUAUUUCGUAAAUUGGCAUAUCGCAAUCGUUGCCUCCCAAUACGACUACUCGGCCACCGUAUGUAUUUCAUUUCCGGAUUACCUGAUGAAGAAAGUUAUGGUUAUGACGACGACGAACACAAGAACGCUAGUUGGUUGAUGAAUGACAAUGGACAUGCCAGAAAUGCCAUCCAAAUGGGAUUAGAUCUAAUCGAAGCUGUUAAUACUGUGGUUCGCGAUGUAAGUCGGUGCCACAACACACCCAAAAUCAAUCUUAAUGUCCGAGUGGGCGUUCAUUCAGGCCGAGUAGCGUGUGGUGUACUCGGUUUCACUGGAGAUACUAACUCUGGUAGCCGUUGGCAAUAUAGUGCAUGGGGCCGUGAUGUACAUGUAGCGUCAUAUAUUGAGAACAGUGGUCGUCCCGGAUUGGUGCAUGUAAGUCGCGCCACGGUCAAUCAAGUUACUAAGAAAGGAGUUGUUAAUACUGCAGUUAAUCGAGUAAAUCAUUUGCCACCGGGAGUCAGUCUACGUAACGACACAAUCAACAAUCAAACAGAUUCCAAAGGCAACUUAAAUGACUACUCGUUUGAACGUAGUCAUGAAGAAGAAAGGAAUCAUUUUCUCCGCCAUAACCGAAUCGAUACAUAUUUUGUCAAACCCAAAGCUACAUAUCCUCAUCCAGAAAAAAAUGAUAAGUCGAUGGACAAUUAUAGCAUAUAUGAUAUCAGUAGUGAGGUAAUUGUGCCAUUAAUUCUCCAAUCAGUGGAGCAACAACUACUUAGAGAGGAAAUGCGACAAAAAUGUGCUGUCGCCGGAUCAAGGCCUGAAACAGAGAUGGAGUCAGAACAAUUACCAACUAUUUCGACAACAGCGGUUGCAGACAUGCCGGUGACAGUAGCUGCUAUGGUCCCUGUAGCCUCGGUAAUGAAAAGAAAUCGUCAUAGGCGGAGUAGAUAUUUUGAACAAGAGUCUCAACAAGCUGCUUCUACAAAUUUAAAUAUUACACCCGCUACCAAUUCAUCAACGCAGCGUUACGGCCGAUGGGAAGAUGACGUAUUUGUAGUUUGUAAUAAAGAUGAUCAAGAGAAGAUUAAAGGUAAAUCUGACGACGAUGAUCUUUUUCGGUUGGCCAAAUCACAACUAUUGCUUCUAUGUGUAAUUAUUACCUUAUUUGUGGUUAACGUAACAACUAUGCCAUGGACUAUGUUACUCGGUAUUACAUUUAUUACACCGUUCGUUAUAACUGCUGGAGAACUGAUCUAUGUGAUGGCUUUAUUGAUUGAUUGGAUUCCUCGUCCCAGGUUUUACAGCACUACUUAUGCCACCGCCAUUAUUGCUGAUGAUGAUGAAUAUUAUCAUCACUAUGAUAGUGAUAACAAUGAUAGUGAUGCUAGUAGCAGCAGCAAUGGUGAUGAUAAAUGCUUAAGACGUUUUUUUAUUUGCCAUCCUAGCCGAUUUUCAUUAUUUGCCUGGCUAUUAAAACCAUUUCAAUGCAGGACAAAGUCCGUGAUGACCACUCGUAACCAUUUAGACAAUAGUGAUGGUUGGCGAAAGUGUUCUUUCAAAUGGUGUCGUUGUUAUAGACUUUAUAGCUGGUUCACCUGUUGCUUAAAUAAUGAAGGCGCAUCUUCAUGUAUGUCAUCUGAUGACAGUGAUAUUGAAAGUAGACUUGGUUUUCGAAACGAGAAUGCCAUAAUGGCAACAACAUCAAGAGCAUCGCCGUUACAGCAGCAAAAUCGGCUACAACAUUCACAACCUAUUAACAUUAAUAAUAACUACAAAAACAGUUUGUUACGCCGGCGACAUAGACAAUUGAAAAGGAUAUAUCAAGAUGAAGAGAGGCGCACCUACUUUUAUUGGAUAUGUGCCAGCUGCGAGCUUAUCGUUGUAUUACUCAUUUGUCUUUUGGCUUUAUUAAACGCUUUUACUUGUGAACCAGUUGAAUUAAAUUCAACAAACACCGUUUACAAUCAACUUUAUACUCGCAACACUAUUCUGAAUGGUAAUGGUGGAUUCAAUACUCCUUUAAUUAACUCAACACAACAAUAUCGAAGUCCAUUGACGUGUAUGUGGCCUCAGUAUGCUGUACUCACGUGCUGUUUAGUAUAUGUAUCAAUAGCUAUUGCGUUUCCCAUAUAUUAUGGUUCGCUGCCUACACUGCGGAUGAAAAUCGUAAUAUUGUUUGUCAUGACUUGCGUAUUUGCUGUGGCUUUCGUUCACUUUACGCACAAACACGUAUUUAUGGCUGCCUCGAUUUCAUCUCCGACACCAUCAUUCAUUAGUAAUUCUAUCGUGUCCCAUGAUCAUCGAACAAAUAACACUGUUACCAAAAGUAAUAAUGACCAUCAUGGAAUAAUCAAUGCCCUCAUUCAUAGUGAUGGCUACCAGGAAAACCAACAAUUAUUCAAACUACAAGACAUAGAACAGCAGAAAGUGGCUGGCUUAAACACUGCUACGGCUACGGUGUACGCAAUUGCAUUCGCCUUGGCCACACUUGCCUGUUUCGUGUACAAACAUCGUUUACAAGACCGACGAGCACACCACAGAGUUAAGGUGGAUCGUGAUGUGAGACGAUUGUAUGUUUUGCGCGAAGCACAUCGUCGUACUUUGCAUGCUAUUAUACCGGAUCACGUAACAAAUUUAUUGCGAAAAAGAUGCAUUAAUGAUCCUAAUGAUGCUGACGAUGAAUUCGAAGGAACUCGGAGCCAACAGAGCUACGUUUUUGAAGAAAAUAGACCAAUACCAAUAAAAAUCACUCAUCAAAUUCAAGAACACGUUUCUGCAAACUUGUCACAGCCGCUCUACCAAUGUAGCUAUCGAGCCAUAGUUAUUGUGUUUGCUACGAUUGUACAACAAGAACAAUUAAUGCCAAACACCUUCAACAGUAGUGAAAACGGUGAUACCAGCGGUCAUCACUGUCAUAAACAGCUAGCACUACUUCACAACAUAUUCAGCGAAUUUGAUAGACUUCUUGAUAAUCAAAAAUACCGAGGAAUAAUAGAAAAAAUAAAAAUGUUGGGAACUAACACAUUCAUGGCAGCUGUUGGCUUACAACAUCAUAACGGACUAUUACGUCGACAAGUGAUGCAGCUGGAUGAAAUAAAACAGGGAUGUGAUAAUAGAGAAAAUGCUGAUGUUGGUUUAGAUAAUAAAAUCGAAUUGUAUGAUGUCAUAUCAGCAAAUAAUAUAACAUUUGCUUUCGAUUUUAUUCGGGAAAUGCGCCGCAUAUUACAUCAUCUUCAGACAACAACGUUAACUCCUGUUGGAAGCUCACAUAACUCACAAUCUACACACUUUGUUCUUCGAGUUGGAGUAGAUAUUGGACCCGCUGUAGCUGGUUUAAUCGGCUGUAAUGACGGAAUUUGGAAACGUCCACAAUUUGACAUCUGGGGUAAUACAGUAAACGUAGCUAGACAGAUGGACAUCACUGGUAUACCAGGUAAAACACAAGUUACUAAUUACGUUCACGAUAUAAUGGAAACUAUACAACAUUCGAAGUACAAAUUCGAUAUACAUACCAAUAUUAUAAACAAAUACAAAAUAAGAAAUACUUAUUUGGUUCGUGAGAGUUUUGAACGAGAUGAUGAUCAUAACUCAGUUCAACGAAAACUCUCCAGCUAUCAUAAUGCACAGCUUCGUCAAAAUUCUCCUUAUCAAUAUGAGUCAGAACAAUCACAUCAACUGAACAAACAACCUACCCCCAUUAAACCGUUACAGAACGCCCACCGCUUGAAACCUCAGCACUUAGCGCGUGACCAACCACCGCUUAAUGUAGUACCACUUGUCAACGUUCACUUGAAGCACUCCCACUACAACUCUAUGGUACAACAAGAUUUGAGACAAAAAUGUUUGGAACUGCAAAAAACACCACCACCGCCACCACCACGAAGUCCACCACCGGUUACAACACGGCGGACCCAAUAUCCAAUUCAACAUAAAUACAGUGAAGAAUGCGAUCGAUAUCCAGAUAACCAGCAAAGAUCACGAGGUGCUCAUUCGUCUCAUGGUAAACAAGAGCAAUAUCAACAAAACUUAUGCACAUCCAAUUCGACCUCUUCAACUGCAGCCACAUACGCUCGCCCGCUACAAAAACAACAGCAGCAGAACAACAGUAAACAGUCUACUUCAAUGCCUAUACCUCCCCAUGGUCUCGUUCGAAUUUUUGGUGAUGAUUCACAGCAACUAUCGCCACCACAUACCCCAAUUACUACCGAAUCCAAACCAACGUGUACGUCUUCUAACCAUUCUACUGGUGGUACAACUCUAAACACCACUUUACAAAAUCAUUUACAACCCCAACAAAUACGUCGUCCAAACGUAUUGCUUCUAAAGAAUACAACAUCUGUAUCAACGAAUAAAUUUGAUGCCAAUCGUCCUUUGCCAGAUCCACCACGCUCUUCUGACACCGUUGCUGGUCGACAUCGAAACCGUGAUGAUCCAAGGCGACGGCGACGCCGUCAGCACAAUCAGCCUCCAACAACGACCAAGCAGCGGCAGGAAGUCAAACAAGAUAUUAAUAAUGUUCGGUGUCCGGGUGUGGUCUCUCCGGCCUGGCCGUCAUCAUCUUCGUUCCGUUCACCAAUCAGUGUGGGAAGUUUCGUCAGUGAGUCAUCUCCGCCAUCGUCAUUGUCAUCAUCUGGUUCUACCGAUGCCGGUGGCACUACUACAUCAAAUAACAAUUACAAUACGACCACUGCGUCUUCGUCGUCGGACGACAGUUUUGGUUGUACGACUACAGAAGAUGGUGGUGGUAUUGAUAGAAUGGAUACUGAAGGUUUAGACACUGCGUCCUCGUCGGUGGCCAUAUCAUCCGUUCACCAUCGUUAUCGACAACAGCAGAAUUUACUGCUUCAUCAGUGGUCUCCAUCAACGACGGCUAAUUCAUCUCCUGUAAGACGAUCCUCGUCUUUCCGCUCACCACUGUCUGUUGGAGACAACACCGCCGCGUCUUCAUCAUCACUGCGAUCUCCGCCUAUCAUUGGCCAUACUGCUACUACCAGCAUUGGAGGAACACAAUCGUUAAACCGUCGUCAUGUGCGCCCUGCUAACACUACCUCAGGUGCUGGUAGCAGCUCCAGUCGCCGUCGUCGACGCCGGCAGCAGCAGCAAAACAACCCAAUAAUAGCUGGAAAUUCUACACCUCCAUCUGGUGAUAUACCAGAUGUUAUAGGUAUUAUGAACACCUCCUCAAAUGUAUCAACUGAAAAGCAUGAGUCACCCUCAUCGUCGCCGUGGAAAAAGCAUCAGCAACAACAGCAACGACGACAAAUUACGAGUAAAGACCAAGGAACAGGUGGUGGAGUAGUAGGCCCAGAUUUUACUGAUGAGAUACGACGUAUAUUAUUGUUGGACCAUCAUCGUGGCAACGUUCGUCAACAGCGAGAACUAUUCAAUGAAGAAGAAGUACAAGUCAACAAACACUGCGAUGACUACAAUGAUGGCAAAGAGAAAGUUAAUGAUAACGUUGCCAAACACAUGCCUUCGUCAGAGCAACUGCGUCUUUGCACUGCAACAGUUGUGACGACGGAUCAGAAACCUGGUAAAGAUGACAAAAAUAGUCAACAAGUCGAGAAGGAUAAUGUGAAACUAACAGCAAUAACAGUUCCGACUACUGUAGAUUCGACGACAGUUGCGGCAAGUGUUUCAUCAGCAUCAUUAUUUGAGGAGCGUGAAAGACAAAUAACGGAACAAGUCAAGCGGCAGCAAGCUGAAGUGAGGCGAAUAUUACAGGAGCAUAAGAACAAUGUGGUAGCUGUUGUCAGAGGAUCGACAACAGCUACAACUGAUGAUAUUUCACACAGCCGUAAACAACGAGGUAUGGCUUUGGCAGUAGAAUCAUCAUGGAGCGACGAUGAAUCGUUAGAACCAUCAUUACUAGAAACCAAACAUCAACCACAACGUAUUGGUUUCGUAGUGGGUAUGAAUGACCACGAAGCCAAUAGUAGCAUCGUGACUGCAGAAACGGAAUACACUACUGGUGGAGAUGGUGAUGAUUACACGACUGACGGUGACGGAUACACUACCACUGGGUACACAACAGACGAAGCUGCUGCUCCUGCUAGUCGACAGAUAGAUAUGUCAUAUGCUACUACCACUGGUGAUUUAUCUUGUGUAUCUACAGCACGACAACUCGAUGACAACCUAUCAACCAUAAAUGACACUGGACUAACUGACGCUGAAGCUGCAUUAAGUGAUGUCAAUUCGAUGAUUGACUACAACGAUUGCAAUGACAACAAUCGUUACAGAGGUCGUCGCCAGAGUAGCUUAAGCAGUAAUAGUUUGUGCCCAUAUGCCAGUGAUAGUUUUUGCGAAGAUGAUGACGAUUACAAUGAUGAUGGUCAAUACUUUUUCUGGGAUGGGAACCAUGUGCAGAAUGAGAAUAUUGAAUUAGGUGAUGAUGGAGAUGACAAUGACAGUCGUUAUAACCAUAAUCAUAUUUUGCUACAACAGCAGUUGUCUCUUACACAUCCAAUAUCAUCACCAUCACAGACUGAUGGCUAUACUAGUAUCGAUAAGAAAAGAUCUCACUACCAGCAGCAGUUUCAACAAUCGACUACACAGCAGGCCGAUGACUCCAAUACUACUAUAAAUAUCACUCAAAACCAAGAGCCUGUCGCUUCUACAGCUGCCACUACUACAGUAUUAACAACUACUCAUAACUCUACUUCUGUAUCUAGUAAUACAAAUAUGAAUGCAUCUCCAAAUUGUUGUAGUACAGCUACUAAUACUACUAGUACAAACACUGAACAAGACGAGCCUCCAUCAUCAUCUAAUAUUAUUAAAAAUAAGUCAUAACAUGAAUAAUUAUAAAUUUUUGAAUACUAUUGAAGAGUAUCAUCACUGGUACAUUUCAAUAUAAUUAAAACCUUUACAAUAUUUAUCAUACGAUGCACUUUACUAAAAUACUUGUUUUGGUAUAUUUGCUGUUGAAAGGAUUUUUUAUUUAUUUAUUAAUUUGUGACCUAGAGUAAAUAUGAGUUAAAAUUAUAGUUUCAAAUUAUUUAAUAGAAUUUCUUUUUAUUUUAUGGAAUUUUCAGUUUUUAAGGACAUUUUUUAUUUUAAGAGCAUAUCAAUGUUUAUGACACAUCUGUGUAAAUUCAAAUUUUAAAAAUUGAAUUAUAUUUUAUGAUUCUUGUUAUUUUAUAAAUUAUAUUCUACUGAUCAAAUCUUUCAUUUAAAAUAUUAUACAACUUUUUAAAUUAAUGAAGCUAUAAAUAACCUUUUUGGGAAUCUAUACAUUUCGGUACUCUUUGGUUAUCACGGCGAUUUUCGGAUGUUGCAAUUUGGUUAUUGGGACUAUCAACAAUAAUUAAAGUAUAAUAUAAUAUUCAAUGGGGCACACUAGAGCAGCUAGGUAGUGAGUAGUAGCUGGUAGCAGCUACUUCUCUUGAAUUUUUUGGCUUAAAAGUGUAAUGGUACUUCUGUGCUAAAAUGAUAUUCAAAAGACACUGUAUUUAUAUUAAUUUGAUAUAAUUGAUAAAAUGAAUACUUUGUAUAAGGUGAAAAAUGUUAUGAUACGUUGGUUAAUAUUUAAACAAAAGAUUCAUCUGUUUGAAGAGCUUGAUAACACAUAAUCUCAACCAAAUAGCUAUCAAGAUGCUGACAAUGUAUUUCUCUAUAUUUUUUCUUUUACCAUUUAAAUGAUCCUAUAUUUCUAUGUACAUUGCCUGUUAAAUUUUAAAAAUUUUAUAAAUUUAUUAUUUUUUUCAUAAUUAUUAUUUUAAUGCAUUAUUUUACAUUUUAUGGCAUUAAUAAAUUUUCAUAUGACAUAUUUUUAGUUUUUUUAGUGCAUCAAAUUUCUAGCUCUAAUAUUAAUAAUUAAAUGUGUUCAAAAUUACUAAAAUAAUCCAAAAACUAUGGAUACAUUUUAAUCUACCUCAACAUUUUUACACCAUAAUAAACAUUAAAAGAUAUUAUUACCAUUGAUAUAUUUCUGUUAAACACAAAUGAUGACAAGAUCUUUAAUAAAUAAAUCUUUUUAAUGUGCUCAAAAUUACUCAUAUAACUAAAAUGUUUUUUAUACAUUUCAAUAUACCUUUAAAUGUUCACACCACGUAUACCUAAUACAUUUCAGAUUACUAUCAUGAUUGGUACUUUUAAAAAUAAUAUAAACCUUCUUAAUAUUUUACAUUUAUUAAUUAAUAAUUAAUUCAAUUAAUUCAUUCAAAUAUGGAUACCAAUAUUGAUAAAUUUUUAAUGUGCUCAAGUUGUUAAUGUGACCAAAAUGCUAUUGAUGCAUUAUAAUACACUUAAAACCUUAACGUUAAAUACUCACGACUAUUAUAAGAACAAUCAAGAUCAAACACUUUGAAGAUUAUUUUCACCAUUGAUACAAUAUGUCAAUAUAAUAAAAACCUUUGCGAUAUUUAACAUUCAUUAAUUAAUUGUAAUAUGGAUAUCAAUGGUAAUAUAACUUCAAGGUGAACAAUAUUGUUCAUAUGACCAAAAUACUAUGAGUACAUUUCAAUCUACCUCACCAUGAAUCGCAUUUAAGAUUACUAUCACCAUUGGUACAUUAUAAACUUUUACAUUUAAUGUUAGUUAAAAAAUAUAUCACCAAUGGUGAUAAGACUUGAAUGAGCUUAAAAUUAUCAAUAUUACCCAACAUGCUAUUUAUGCAAUUGAGUCUACUUUACUUAUAACCAUCAAUAUACAUUUUACAAAGACAUCACUAUUGGUACAUUUCAAUCUACUAAAAAAACCUUUGCAAUUUUUAUCAUUCAUUAUUUAAUUGAAUUCUGGAUACCAAUAGUGAUGAUAUUUGAAUGUUUUGAAAAUAAUUUACUAUGAAAACAAUAAUUUAUUAUUGUAAAUUUGUAUUAUAUGUUUAAAAUCUAAGGUAACGAUCGAAUUUUGUUUGUUAUAAGUAACCCCCGCGAUCGUGGCGGGGUUUAGUAAUAAUAGUUAAUCGUAAUUUUAGUUUUAAGGUAACAUAGUUGUAUGAAAAAAAAUUAAAAAAUUAAAAAUGUA